CUUCGAACCUUAGCGAUCCAACGACCCAACGAAUAUUCCGAACGAAGUGCAUUUUGCUUUUUUAUAUGCCUGACUCUUUGACCGUCGGGCCUUCUGCAUCGUCGUCGUCAGGGAGCGAGGGCGGUGCGAGCGUAUCCUGCGUCAGUGUCUGAGCUCCGACUACGUAGCGAAGCGCCCUCGUGGCACGCCUGAGGGACGCCAUGAGACUCCCUUUCCUGGAGAAGACUGAUGGGAGCGCAAGCUUCCUACGGGCGGCGAGGGCGGGGAACUUGGAGAAAGUGUUGGAGUUCCUCAAGACCAAUACUGACAUCAACACCUGCAAUGCUAAUGGCCUUAAUGCCCUGCACCUCGCUAGCAAAGAGGGACAUGUUAGUGUUGUAACUGAGCUGCUGCAACGAGGUGCAAAUGUCGACGCAGCUACCAAGAAGGGCAACACAGCCCUCCAUAUCGCCUCCUUGGCUGGACAGGAGGAGAUUGUGAAAGUCCUUGUGCAGCACCAAGCAAUGGUGAACAUUCAGUCCCAAAAUGGCUUCACCCCUCUGUACAUGGCUGCACAAGAGAAUCAUGAUAAUGUUGUUCGCUUCUUACUGGCCAAUAAUGCCAAUCAGAGUUUGGCCACAGAGGAUGGCUUCACCCCCCUGGCAGUGGCUUUGCAACAGGGUCACGAUAAGGUUGUGGCAGUUCUUUUGGAGAAUGACACAAGAGGCAAGGUGCGUCUUCCUGCUCUACACAUUGCUGCCAAGAAGGAUGACACAAAGGCUGCAGCUCUUCUUCUUCAUACAGACCACAACCCUGAUGUAACCUCCAAGUCAGGAUUUACACCUCUUCAUAUUGCAGCCCAUUAUGGCAACGAAAAUAUUGCGAAUCUCCUCAUUCAGCGCGGAGCUGAUGUAAAUUAUGUUGCAAAGCACCAGAUUACACCCCUCCAUGUGGCAUCGAAAUGGGGUAAAGGAAAUAUGGUGUCACUGUUGAUAGACAAGGGAGCCAAUUAUGAGGCCAAGACUCGGGAUGGCCUCACACCCUUGCAUUGUGCUGCAAGAUCUGGUCAUGACACCGUUGUUGAUAUGUUGCUAGAGAAAGGUGCUCCAAUCACGAGCAAGACAAAGAAUGGGUUGGCUCCCCUCCACAUGGCGUCGCAAGGUGAUCACGUUGACGCAGCUCGUAUCCUCCUCUACCACAAAGCACCUGUUGAUGAUGUCACUGUAGAUUUCCUCACUGCUCUCCAUGUGGCUGCUCACUGUGGGCAUGUGCGAGUGGCAAAGCUGUUGCUGGACCGAAAGGCUGAUCCUAAUGCCCGAGCCCUUAAUGGCUUUACUCCACUCCACAUUGCUUGCAAGAAGAACCGCAUCAAGGUGGUUGAACUGCUUCUCAAGCAUGGUGCUAGCAUUGAGGCAACCACAGAGUCGGGUUUGACUCCACUUCAUGUAGCAUCUUUCAUGGGCUGCAUGAACAUUGUAAUCUACUUGAUUCAACAUGGAGCCUCUGCAGAUGUACCUACUGUUAGAGGAGAGACUCCUCUCCACCUUGCAGCAAGAGCUAACCAAACAGACAUCAUCCGCAUUCUGCUAAGAAAUGGUGCUCAGGUGGAUGCUAGAGCGCGGGAACAACAAACCGCUUUGCACAUCGCCUCCCGUCUGGGUAACAGUGACAUUGUUGUACUAUUACUCCAACAUGGAGCUGCUGUUGAUGCCACAACCAAGGACCAUUACACUGCCCUGCACAUUGCUGCCAAGGAGGGUCAGGAGGAGGUGGCUAGUGUACUCCUUGAGCAUGGUGCCUCCUUGACCUCCACCACAAAGAAAGGUUUCACACCUCUUCAUUUAGCAGCUAAAUAUGGUAAUAUGAAGGUAGCCCGCCUGUUGCUGCAAAAGGAUGCCCCUGUUGAUGCACAGGGCAAGAAUGGUGUUACACCUCUUCAUGUGGCAGCACAUUAUGACCACCAGAAUGUUGCCCUACUACUGCUGGAUAAGGGUGCAUCUCCCCACGCCACAGCUAAGAAUGGUUACACGCCUCUCCACAUUGCUGCUCGCAAAAACCAGAUGGAUAUUGCAACAACGCUGCUUGAAUAUGGUGCAAGUGCCAAUGCUGAAUCUAAGGCUGGAUUCACACCUCUACAUCUUAGCUCCCAGGAGGGACAUACAGAUAUGGCAACACUCUUAAUCGAGCACAAUGCUGCACCAGGAGCUUGUGCAAAGAAUGGACUUACCCCAUUGCAUCUGUGCGCACAAGAAGAUCGUGUCAAUGUUGCCGCUAUUUUGGUGAAGCAUGGAGCCCAGAUUGAUCCAGCAACAAAGGCUGGUUAUACACCAUUGCAUGUUGCCUGUCACUUUGGGCAAAUGAACAUGGUGCGCUUCUUGCUACAGCAUGGUGCCAAGGUUGAGUCUUCAACACAACUUGGGUACACUCCUCUCCACCAAGCAGCUCAACAAGGCCACACUCAGAUUGUCAACUUGCUCCUCGAAAACAAGGCUGAACCGAACGCAGAAACAAAAGACGGCAAGACGGCUCUAAGCAUUGCACAACGUCUCGGCUACAUUUCUGUAGUCGAGACCUUGAAGAUUGUGACAGAAACGACCAUUACUACUACCACCACAACUGUCACAGAAGAAAAGUACAAGGUUGUUGUGCCAGAGACAAUGCACGAGACCUUUAUGAGUGAAUCAGAAGAUGAAGGAGGUGACGACAAUCUGGUCUCCUCCAUGUUUGGUAAGCAGCAGCACGUCACGCUCCCGUUCUAUGAAGGACAGUUACGCUACACCAGUGAUGAUACAAUGCUUGGGGACCAGUCAUACCGUUACCUGACAGCAGAUGAAAUGAAGUCUCUGGGUGAUGACUCUCUUCCUAUUGAUGUAACCAAGGAUGAGAAGAUGGAUGUGUCCUUCAUCAGCAACACAAUGGCAGCUCCUCCAGUGGCCCCUGUAGACCAGCUUAGCCCCCAGCACCAGAAGGAGCAGCAGUAUGCCCAGUACACCGGUCACUAUCCCUCAGACAAUGUGGACAUUGCUAAGACUCCUAUACUUGCCGGGCCGGAGUCUCUCAACACCACCCUCAACACAACCAUUGACUCUGCCAUGAUCGAGUCUCAGAUCAUCCCGACUCAGGUAGCAAAUCAGUUAUCUGCCCAAGUGAACCAGACUCAGGUGCAGCAGCCUGUAGGUCAGAGUGCCAAGGGUCAGGUCCCUGCAGACCAAGAUUCAGUACCUGAGAAGGCUGCAGAGAUUCUCAGUGGGUGGGAAGGAGUGAGCCUGAACAGCCUGGCGUCCUGUCUGUCAGCAGGGACCAACACCUCGGGCAUGUGGCGCGACAGAUUCUUGGUGAGCUUCAUGGUAGACGCCCGGGGUGGGGCCAUGCGUGGCUGCCGCCACUCGGGUGUCCGUGUGAUCAUUCCUCCACGCAAAGCUGCUAUGCCCAUGAGGAUCACUUGCCGCUAUCUGAAGAAGGAUAAACUCGUUCACGCACCACCACUCAUGGAAGGAGAAGCACUUGGUUCCAGAAUCCUUGAAAUGGGUCCUGCAGGUGCAAAAUUCUUAGGCCCUGUUAUUAUCGAGGUGCCACACUUUGCUUCCCUGCGUGGCAAGGAGCGUGAGAUUGUGAUCCUUCGCUCAGAUAAUGGAGAGACCUGGCGUGAACAUACACUGGAGGCCACUGAGGAAGCUGUGCAGGAGGUCUUAAACGAGAGCUUCGAUGGUGAAGAAUUGAAGCAACUAGAGGACCUCAAUACAAACCGCAUCACACGCAUCCUCACAACUGACUUCCCACAGUACUUUGCAAUUGUUACACGCAUCCGACAAGAGGUCCAUGCCAUCGGACCUGAGGGAGGAAUGGUGUCAUCAACAGUUGUACCACAGGUCCAGGCAGUGUUCCCCCAGGGAGCCCUCACCAAGAAGAUCAAAGUGGGACUCCAGGCUCAGCCAAUUCCAACCGACUUGGUGGCUAAGCUUCUGGGCAACCGCGUUGCUGUGUCUCCAAUUGUCACGGUGGAACCACGUAGACGCAAGUUCCACAAGCCCAUCACCCUGACCAUCCCAGUCCCACAAGCUUCCAGUAAGGGCAUGAUCAAUCAGUACUCAGGCGAGGCACCCACCCUACGUCUUCUCUGCUCCAUCACUGGCGGAACAACCCGCGCUCAGUGGGAGGACGUGACGGGCUCAACACCUCUCACUUUUGUCAACGAUUGCGUCAGCUUCACCACCACUGUCUCCGCCCGAUUUUGGCUCAUGGAUUGUAGUAACAUACCUGAGGCGACCAAAAUGGCCACCGAGCUAUAUAGGGAAGCCAUCCAUGUACCAUUUAUGGCUAAGUUUGUAGUCUUUAGCAAGAGACAUCAGUUGGAGGAGGCAAGAGUGCGGGUGUUCUGUAUGACGGAUGACAGAGAGGACAAGACUCUCGAGCAGCAGGAGCUCUUUGUUGAGGUUGCUAAAUCACGAGAUGUAGAAGUGUUGGAGGGUAAGCCUCAGUACCUUGAAUUUGCUGGCAACUUAGUUCCAGUCACUAAAUCAGGGGACCAGCUUGCAUUCAACUUCUACGCCUUCCGUGAAAAUCGCCUUCCAUUUACCGUACGUGUGAAGGAUCAACAUGCAGAUCCCAUCGGAAGGGUGGCCUUCAUGCGACAGCCCAAGGAUGGGCGCUGGAAGAAGGCCUCGCUAAUGAGCUUGCUAAAACCCCCUGUGUUUCAGGUUGGGCGUGGUGACCCCCCUCAGACCCCCAUCUGUAACCUGAACAUUGCCCUGCCUGACAACAUCCAGCCUGAGCCUGCGCCCUCAGAACCUGACCUCCUCGCCCUGGAGAAGAAAUACUCCUUCCUCUCCAUUAGCAAAGCUGACACCAUCCACAAAGCUGACCUACGUCUCACAGACAUCUCUAACAUGCUUGGAACUGACUGGGUUGGCCUAGCCCGGGAAUUGGAGAUUAGUGACUCUGAUAUUAACAUCAUCAAAUCUCAGUACCCAGAUAAUGCCCCGAAACAAGCAAUUGUCAUGCUCAGACUGUGGAUGCAGACAUCGGGGAAUAAGGCAAAUGGUAACACUCUGGAGAAGGGACUGCGUAAGAUUGGCCGUGAUGACAUUGUGAACCAGUGCAUAUUUAACGUUGAACUGGUCACAGAUGACAUUGAAAGAGCAAUGGCCAAAGCUCAUCUAGACCAGUCUGGCUUCGACGCUUUCCGCUAUGAGCUAGGACCAUCAAGAGACACCACACUGAAUCGAGAUGUCUCCCUUGAUGUUUCAUAUGAUGAGCAAGAUAUGAUGAAAGAAGCGGAAAGUGCUGAAGAAGAGGAAGAAAACCAAAGAAGUUACCAGGACAAGACUCGUCGAGAGCAGCACACAGCCGACAUGUCCCCAACCUACGAGAGUGAGGAGAAGAAAUAUGCUGGGGAAGAGAAGAUUGUCACUGAGGAAAAGAUAACAAAGGAGGAAAUGAAAGAUGGAUCUGCUGUUACUGUAACAACCACCACUACUUCUGUGGUUGCAGAGCCUGUUACUGAGUCCAAGAAGGAAGCUAAGGAUAAGACAAUAAUCACUGAAAAGGUGGUUCCGGAAGACCAGAAGGCUCCUCCAGCAAAGGAGGCAGAAAAAGUGGAAGAUAAAGUGCCUAAACCUGAAAAGAAGGAAGAAAAGCCAAUUGUCUUGGACAAGGCAGAGGAGAAGGUGGUGGAAAAGGUUGAGGAAGUAGUGGUGGAGCAGAAAGUGGAGGAGAAGCCUGUAGUUAAGGUUGUAGAAAAGUCUGCUGAAGUUGGUGAGAAGGCUAAGGAUGCAUCAGAAAAGUUAGAGGAGAAGGCCCCAGAAGUCCCCCCUGCCUCACUGGAUGAGGCUCAGAAGGCUGGGACAACGACCGCGACAGAAGUCAUCACGGGCCCAGAUGGUACUACCACUUCCUCCACCACGACCACAACUGAAAGAAGAUCAUUCACCACUGCAGAUGAUGGCACUGUUAAAGAACAUAUUGUUAUUGAGAAGAAAACCACCUCCUUUGUUGAUGGAAUGGAGAAGGGUGAAGACAAGUCAGAGAUCCUUCUAAAACUUGGGGAGGAGCUAGGCAGACUGGAUGAGCAGUUGGAGGAGAGAUUCAAGGAGAAGAGAAAAGCAGUUGAACCUGAAGUGGCACAAGAAGAGGUGAGAGAGACUACAGUUGUGGCAAAGCGUCGUGAGGGUCAGGCCGAACCCACCUCACAGGUUGUAGUGGAACAUAGCCACCAGCCAACCAAUCUCUCUGCCACCAUCACCAGUACUACCACAACUACAAGCAUCACUCCCACCCCAGAUGGGUUCACUCAGGCGUCUGUCGAGUCUAGGCAGAUGUCCUCUACAGGAGGCACCACUGAAGUGAGCACGAAGGGCACAGCCAUCACUACUACACAACCUGUGAUUGGUGAUGAAACUGUGAUGCAGAUGGGACAAGCUCCUAGUAUGUUUGGUAAACGCCCAGGAAUAGAGUCCUUCUUCUACAAAGGUUUUUUCCUUCCACAAGGGACCCAUGAGGCAACCCAGAUUGCUGAGCAUCAGACGACCACUGUCUCACAGGAACAAGCCUCCUCCGGACUCCCCACUCCGGGCACCAAGGCAGGCUCAGCACACGGCAAGAGUAAGCUAACAGAGGCAGAUCUGGCCGUGCUGGAAAGUAUGGUGAUAGCCCAGGAGGCAGAGGUGGAAGAAAUGGCUUUCGCCCACGAUCAAGCAGAAGCUCAAGCUAAGGCACAAGAAGAGCAGUUACGUAAGAAAGGACAACAGCAGAAACCAAAGGUUAAAGGUCAGAAGAAGCAGGAUCAAGCAAAAGGUCAGUUACAACAAGGUAAAGUUGAAGAACAAGCACUGCUCGAUAAAGCACAAGCUCAGAUCCAUCAAGAGAAAAUCAAAGGCCAACUUAAAGACAAGAAAAGUGCACAACCAGAGGUCAAGAAUGAGACACAAUCAAAAGCAGGUCAAGUUCAACAAAGUCAAGAGGGUCAAAAACUUCCAAGUAAUGUUGAAAGCCUGAUUCAGCCAACACAAACACAGCAGGUUCAGCUAGGAGGCCUGGCACAAUCAACACAAGGACAAGUUGAGAGCCUGAUUCAGCCAACACAAUUCCAAAGUCAGGCACAACAAGUCCAAGUAGAAAGCCUGAUUCAGCCAACACAAGUCAAAGGUCAGGCCCAACAAGUCCAAGUAGAAAGCCUGAUUCAGCCAACACAAGUCAAAGGUCAGGCUCAACAAGUCCAAGUAGGAAGCCUGAUUCAGCCAACACAAGUCAAAGGUCAGGCUCAACAAGUCCAAGUAGGAAGCCUGAUUCAGCCAACACAAGUCAAAGGUCAGGCAGAAAUUCAAUUCGAAAACCUGUCACAGCCACCAUUAAUGAAAAGCCAGGCCCAAAGUCAGGCAGAAACAAAAGAUCAAAUGCAGCAAGGUCAGGUAGAAUACAUCUUACAACAAACGUCAGGAUUAGUUCAACAGCCUCAAACUGGAGAGGCAAUACAAGGACAGGUUGGACUAACCCAGCAACUGAGAGUAAAUGGCCACCAACAACAAAUUCAGACACAAGUUCAGAGAGAAGGCCAGAGUCCACAAGAUAAAGUACAAGCUCUGAUACAGAGCCAAGGUCAAGUACAGACAUUAAAACAGCAAGAGACACCAAGUAAACAGAUACAACCUGAAACAACAACUAAGAUUCAGCAGUCGACCACCAGAGUCGUGUCUCCAGGGAAAGGCCAUGCCCCCACUUUGGCCUCUGCGGCUACACCCGCUGGCCAAACGAAACAACAGCAAUUUGGUGACUUGACAAAACGUGUAGCAGAUGUGGCCUCUACAAUGGCCUCAACCCUGGAGAGCAUAACAGCCGUAGCAGAAGGCCUGGAGGGUAGUCAUCUGUCCAGCGAUGAAGGAGAGGAACAACUGAUGCUAAUGAGGGAUUCCCCUCGAUGGGAAGAUGAAGAAAUUCAAGCUGAAGAAACAGAUGAACCAAGAGCCAUCAAGGCUGAAAUCAAACUACUAGUUAAAACUACUGAAGUAGGAAAAGAGUCAAUUGAGAUAAGAAGCAUUCGUGAGUUUGUAGAAUCUGAUGAAAAGAAUCUGUCUGGAUUUGGAGGUAUUGUACCAUCACCAGUUCCAGAGGCAGGGCGUGUAACUCCCCAGGGUGACCGGGUGUAUACUCUACAAAGAGGCAGCCCCAGUGCACGUACCCCCAGCCCCAGGUUUGUUCGUCAGCAACAGUCAUCCCCUGUGUCAUCGUACAUUCAACCUACGCACGACGAGUUUGAUCUCAUGGCUCAAGUGCGAGACGUUGUGCAGCCGGACAGUGGAGCGGGGGCGCGGCAGGCGCCAGGUGUAGGAGUCGAUGAGAUGAGCAGUGUGAUGGAGAGUUACACCAGUGAUGGUAGUGACCCCAUAACCACCACCCAUACCACCAGGAUCAUCAGGAGGACGGAAGUCGAAGACGGGGAAGUGAAGGAAGACGUCUAUGAAGAAUACUGAAGAGGAAGACAUCCGCAAGAGUUGAUUAAGGAGGGCUUUGAGAAGGAGGCGACUUAACGAGUGUGAAUUCCUCUCAGUCCUCCUUAUGCGCCAUCUGCCUUCCUGCCUACCCUUAAAACUGCCAUCACUCCACCACCAACACUACUCCACUGUCAACGCCACGACCUGUAUUGUCUUUCCGGGUCCUCCAACAUAUCCAUAAUAAGGAUUUUAUUGUGAGGCCUUAAGUUAUCCUCACAUACAUGUCCAUUGAUCCGCUCUUCAGUCCCAGUUGUAAUAGAUGGCUUUACCCUACACAUAUAGUCCACCUAACUUACAUUUUGUUUCUGAUAUCUGGAGAACACUAUCCUCUAGUACCAAUAGGGAAUUUUUGAAGAAAAGGUCAGUGGUUCAACUGUAGUUUAUGACAUGUCGGUUGUCAGAGGAUCUAGUCAGGACCGAUAACGCUCGAGAGAAAUUAAAGAUUUUUUUAAUGUUAUGAGUGAGAAAUUUUAAUGUUUGUGACCUUUUAUUGUAAUAACAUGAUCAAGUAGUGUUGUCAGCUAAAAUGUCCUUUAUUCAUUUAUGAGUUACAUCAUAUAAUUUCAUUGAAAGCCAUUUUUGAAAGAUGUCCACGAAUGAUCACACAUUUGUAAAGGUGCACACACCCUAUUUGAGCUGUCAAGGUGUUUUUAGGUUAAGUGCCGUUCUCCCUGUGACGUGGCGUUUUCAUCCUAGUAUGACACUGAUUAAUAUUGUUAAGAAUACUUAUUGCCGAAGACAUGUCAUGUAUUAUAACUAAACCUGUAGCCACGGGACGAGACAUAGGAGGUUUCAAUAGCAGCUAUGUAAUCAUUUUACUAUUUCGGCUCUUAGAUUGGUAGAGUGUUACUAUUGUGGCUUAUGAAACAUCCAGUUAUGGGCAUGUUGAAUGUAAGAUAGCUAUAAUAUUUCCACAUAAGAUUCGUGUAACACACCCACAAAACUAUAUCUCAUUUGUAAACAACUUGUGGCGAGAUUGAUUACUGCGAGCCUGGGAUGGGGUCUAAAUAUGGCUUAAAUAGGAAAGUAAACUGUAUAGUUACCUAGCAUAAAGGUCAAAAUCGCAGCUUUCGUCAUACUUGUUACCCUCAUGGUCAUAAGUGGAUGAAAAAAAAUAUGAUAAUGCCUUAGCACCUAUUCCUAGAUACUCUCUGGCCAUCAGUUGUUAUUAUCUUUCAUUCUUUUGAGUUGGUCUUGACUUAGGCUGGACCAAGUGACAGGGAAGAGGCCUGCCCUGUGUUAGUAUCUCAAAGGCCUGUUCCCAGUCCUCCGGGUUUAAUUCAAGACUUGGUAGCUCCGAAUAUUGUGGUCACUUAUCAAGUUUUCAAUAAAUGCUUAAUGUGA